CUGGAAGCUCGGAGGGAUAAAACGGGCUCGCGCGGAGCGGCCCAGGACAUUUGGGAGCAGGAUGGCAGGAGGCACGUGGAGUUCGUACCUCGGCGGCAUCGCCCUCGGCCCGGUCCUCGUCCUCCUGGCGUUGUGCGGGCCCACGCUGCAAGGAGGUUUGAUCUUACCUGCCGGUGCUGGAGGAGCAGCUGGAACUGGCACAGGUGCUGGAACUGGACUGGGUCAGGAUGGAGCAGGAAUUGGAUUCAGACCAGGUGGAGGAGCCACUGGAUUCGGUCCUGGUGGCGGAGGCUUCGGACAAGGUGGUGCAGGAGGACCAGGAGGGCUCUACAGUCCAGGCAGUGGUGGAGUGGGAGGUGUGCCUGGAGGUUUUGGGGCUGGUGUGAAGCCUCCUAAAACAGGAGGAGUGGCUGGAGGCUUUGGACCAGGACAAGCAACUGCGGGUGGAGGGCUGGUUCCAGGUGGACUUGGGUCAGAAGGUCUUGGAGGCUAUGGAACUGGACUCGGGGGAGCCUUUGCCGCCGGUUUGGGUCAAGGAGGUGUGGUCGGAGCACUGGGAUCGCAAGGCACCGGUCAAGGAAUUGGAACGGGCCUCGUACCUGGAGGUGGCUUUGGAGGAGGUUACGGCCAAGCCGGCAGUAGGCAGUACCCAGGACUUGGUGGAACUGGACCCAAACCUCCAAAAUCAGGUUACAGCCCAGGGGGGACAGGAUUCGGACCUGGUGGUGCAGGGGUCGGACCAGGGGGUGCUGGAUUUGGUCCUGGGGCUGCAGGAGUUGGGGCUGGGGGUGCAGGGGUUGGGCCUGGGGGUACAAGAUUUGGACCUGGGGGUGCUGGAUUUGGGCCUGGGGGUGCAGGGGUUGGGCCUGGAGGUGCAGGAUUUGGUCCCGGGGCUGCAGGAGUUGGGGCUGGGGGUGCAGGGGUUGGGCCAGGAGGUGCAGGGGUUGGGCCUGGGGGUACAAAAUUUGGACCUGGGGGUGCUGGAUUUGGCCCUGUGGGUGCUGGGGUUGGGCUUGGAGGUGCUGGAUUUGGUCCCGGGGGUGCAGGAGUUGGGGCUGGGGGUGCAGGGGUUGGGCCAGGAGGUGCAGGGGUUGGGCCUGGGGGUACAAAAUAUGGACCUGGGGGUGCUGGAUUUGGGCCUGGGGGUGCAGGGGUUGGGCCUGGAGGUGCAGGAUUUGGCCCUGUGGGUGCUGGGGUUGGGCUUGGAGGUGCAGGAUUUGGCCCUGUGGGUGCUGGGGUUGGGCUUGGAGGUGCAGGAUUUGGUCCCGGGGGUGCAGGAGUUGGGGCUGGGGCUGCAGGGGUUGGGCCAGGAGGUGCAGGGGUUGGGCCUGGGGGUACAAGAUUUGGACCUGGUGGUGCUGGAUUUGGGCCUGGGGGUGCAGGGGUUGGGCCUGGAGGUGCAGGAUUUGGACCAGGGAGUGGAGGAUUUGGGCCUGGGGGUGUAGGUGUCGGGUCUGGUGGGAAGAGUGGUGGCAAAGCAUCAAAACAACUUCCAGGUGUCGGGGUUCCUGGACUGUAUCAGGGUGGAUUUGUUCCAAGUCAAGAUUUUGGAAGCCGCGGUGUGGUCCCUGGAGUGCCCACUGGAACUGGACUUGGGCCUCAGACAGGUGGCGGGGUACUCGGCCAAGGUGCAGACAACGGUCGAGGACAGCAGCUGCCAGGGGUUUUUCGUGGUUAUCCUCUCAUAUCACCUAAGUCAGGAACAGGGAAGUCGAAAGGUCCAGCCAAAGCAGCAGCCAAGUAUGGUGGAGCUGGAGCAGGUGCUCUUGGUCAAGGUGGUGUUGGACUGCCUGGAGGAGGGCCAGGUCUCCCUGGAUUUGGAGGUGGAGCCGGAACAAUAGGUGGACCUGGAGCUGUUCCUGGAUAUGGGGGUGGAGCUGGAACAGCCGGUGGACUAGGAGCUGUUCCUGGAUAUGGCGGUGGAGCUGGAACAGCCGGUGGACCAGGAGCUGUUCCUGGAUAUGGCGGUGGAGCUGGAACAGCCGGUGGACCAGGAGCUGUUCCGGGAUAUGGCGGUGGAGCUGGAACAGCCGGUGGACCAGGAGCUGUUCCGGGAUAUGGCGGUGGAGCUGGAACAGCCGGUGGACCAGGAGCUGUUCCCGGAUAUGGCGGUGGAGCUGGAACAGCCGGUGGACCAGGAGCUGUUCCCGGAUAUGGCGGUGGAGCUGGAACAGGUUACGGUCCUGGCUCAGCCAAAGCACUCAAAUACGGUCAGCCUGGCGGUGUCGGCACUGGUGCAACUGGAGGCCUUGGUGGACCGGAAGGAAGAGCUGGCGUUGGCACAGGUGGCCGUGGAUAUGGUCCAGGUGGUGCCGGAUAUGGCCCAGGCUCUACUGGAACUGGGUUAGGUGGUCCUGGCAGUGGACCUGUUGGAGGAGGAUAUGGGCCAGGUAGUACUGGUAUUGGACCAGGAAGAGCUGGGACAGGACUAGGAGGAACUGGAACAGGAUCUGGGGGAUACGAUGCCAAUGCCAAAGCCCGUAAAUAUGGUAUGUUCAGUGGAGCACUGGGCAGUCAAGGAAUAAGUACUGGAGGACUUGUACCGGGUAGUGCUGCCACAGGAUAUGGACCAGGAGGAGUUGGACCUGGUGGUGCUGCAGCAGGGUUUGGUCCAGGAGGAGUCAGACCUAGUGGUUACGGACCAGGAGGAGCAAUUGGACCUGAAGGCGGUGGUACAGGUUUUGGACCAGGAAGAGGAAUUGUGCCUAAUGGAGUGGGUACUGGCUAUGGACCAGGGGCAGGAGUUGGGCCAGGAGCUGCUGGCACUGGAUUUGGACCAGGGGCAGGAGUUGGGCCUGGAAGUACUGGAUAUGGACCAGGAGGUUAUGCUGGUGCCAAAGCCCGCAAAUAUGGAGGACUUGGUGUUGGAACGGGACUAAGUUCUGGCCUUGGAGCAGGAGGAUUCCAAGGACGAGGUGCUGGAGAAGCAGUUGGACGAGCCGGCGCAGGACUAGGGGCAAGUGGACAGCCUGGUUCUGGUGUUGGAACUGGGGGACAACUUGGUGGUUUUGGACCAAGCGGUGCCAGAGGUGGUGGAGGAGGUCCUGGGUCAGGUGGAGAUGGAAGACAAGGGGGAGCACUGGGAACUGGUGGAACUGGAUAUGGACCUGGUGGUUACAGCCCUGGGGUUGCCCCUGGAACCGGUUUUGGGCCAGGGGGAGGCUACGGUGCAGGGACAGGGACUGGAUAUGGACCAGGUUAUGGAGCUGGCUCAAAAGCUGCCAAAUUUGGUCAAGGUGGAGGACUUGGCGCAGGAACCGGACAAGGCGGAGUCGGUGGUGGGGUACUUGGAGGAGGAGCCGGACAAGAUGGAGUCGGUGGUGGGGUCCUUGGAGUAGGAACCGGACAAGGCAGAGUCGGUGGUGGGGUACUUGGAGGCGGAGCCGGACACGGUGGCGUUGGUGUCCUUGGAGUAGGUACCGGACAAGGUGGAGUCGGUGGUGAGGUACUUGGAGGCGGUGUCGGACAAGGUGGUUAUGGUACAGCUGGAUCCAAGGCAGACAAAUAUGGACCAGGAAGUGGCACUGGUGCUCCAGUCAAUGGCAGCGGUGUCUACAUGAACGGAACCAGCACAGGUGGUACCGCUCGCACAACAACUGGACCCGGCGGUCGAGGCGUUGCACGCGGAACACUGGCCCCACUAGCAGAAGGGGGAACUCGCACUGAUGUCGGACAGGACGGAAAAGACUUUGAUGGAGGUGAGGAUGGUCCGGGCGGUGUGAUAGAGGGCUCUGGCAUUGCUGCAGGAGAAGGAGUCAGCGGGAGGGUCGGUGGGAGACCAUUUGGUGCAGGAGCUGAUGGAGAUGGUCUGAGAGGGACAGAAAUUCCUAUCCUUGGAGGAAGACCAGGUCUUGGUGGGACUCCUCUUCCAGGAUCCACAGGAGCUGCACCCGCUGGAAGAGGACCUGUCCAACCAACUGGGGCAAGUGGGGUCCUACCAGGUGCCAAACCUCUCAAACCACCAGGAGUCCCGAGAGGCGAUACACCUGGUGAAGGAGAGGAAGAAGCACGUCCUGAUGGAGGGACAGAUGGCCGACGUAGGACAGGAGGAAGACGGACGGGAGUAGAAGGUGGUCCAACCAGUGCAGGACCAGUAGGCAGGGUUGGAGCAGGAGGAACGGCUCCAGCAGUAGGGGCAACACCAAAACCAUCCAAAGCAUACAAUCCAGAUGGGACCAAAGGUGGAGCUUUACCUGGUGGCGCAGGAGGUGGCACCGGGGUUGGUGGAGGAGGUCCAGGAGGAUUUGGAACGGGACCUACGAUAAUUGGAGGAGGUCCAGGAGGAGUCGGGAGCGGACCUGGUGUUGUUGGAGGAGGUCCAGGAGGAGUCGGGACUGGACUUGGCGGAAUUGGGAGCGGGACUGGCGUAUUUGGAGGAGGUCCAGGAGGAGUCGGCACCGGGUCUGGCGGAGUGGGAACAGGUCUCACAAAACCUGGAAAAAGUUACGGUGCUGGUGGAACUGGCGUUUUACCAGGUGGAGCAUAUGGGAAUUUCGGUCAAGUAAGCCGAGGUGGGAGUGGACCUGGCGGUCCAGGAGGUGUUGGUCCUGGUCCAGGAGGAGUUGGGACAGGAACAGGUGUAAUUGGAGGAGGUCAAGGACGAUUUGGGACUGGGCCUGGUGCAGUUGGAGGAGGUCCAGGAGGAGUCGGGAGCGGACCUGGUGUUGUUGGAGGAGGUCCAGGAGGAGUCGGGACUGGACUUGGCGGAAUUGCGAGCGGGACUGGCGUAUUUGGAGGAGGUCCAGGAGGAGUCGGCACCGGGUCUGGCGGAGUAGGGAACAGGUCUCACAAAACCUGGAAAAAGUUACGGUGCUGGUGGAACUGGCGUUUUACCAGGUGGAGCAUAUGGGAAUUUCGGUCAAGUAAGCCGAGGUGGGAGUGGACCUGGCGGUCCAGGAGGUGUUGGUCCUGGUCCAGGAGGAGUUGGGACAGGAACAGGUGUAAUUGGAGGAGGUCAAGGACGAUUUGGGACUGGGCCUGGUGCAGUUGGAGGAGGUCCAGGAGGAGUCGGAACCGGUCCUGGUGUUGUUGGAGGAGGUCCAGGAGGAGUCGGGACUGGACUUGGCGGAAUUGCGAGCGGGACUGGCGUAUUUGGAGGAGGUCCAGGAGGAGUCGGCACCGGGUCUGGCGGAGUAGGAACAGGUCUCACAAAACCUGGAAAAAGUUACGGUGCUGGUGGAACUGGCGUUUUACCAGGUGGAGCAUAUGGGAAUUUCGGUCAAGUAAGCCGAGGUGGGAGUGGACCUGGCGGUCCAGGAGGUGUUGGUCCUGGUCCAGGAGGAGUUGGGACAGGAACAGGUGUAAUUGGAGGAGGUCAAGGACGAUUUGGGACUGGGCCUGGUGCAGUUGGAGGAGGUCCAGGAGGAGUCGGAACCGGUCCUGGUGGCAUGGUGCCUGGCGGAGUGGGAACAGGUCUCACAAAACCUGGAAAAAGUUACGGUGCUGGUGGAGGUGGAGUUUUACCAUUUAGAGGUCUGCGCUUCCCGAUUGGAGCUGGUGUAGGACAAGGAGAAAAACCAGCAUAUAGGACUUUCGGUGCAGGAGGCCAAGGUGGGGUUAGGCCUGGUGGCUAUGGUGGUUCUGGAGGUGUUGGUGCCGAUCCCGGAGGUGU